CAACGUUUUUCACUCGGUGUAAAACUUCGAAAAUAAUAAAUGACACAAUAUGGAAUGCAACGAUAAGCGCGGUAAACAAAUUGUUUAAAACAGUAGAUAGGAAAUAUAUUUGUUGUUAUUGCAAAACUGUUGGCGUCACGUAUCUCAUCGAUAAUGAAAAAGAGAUUCUCAAUGAAGGCUGAAUCAGGAUAAUAAAAUCGAAGAAUAACUGUGAAGUUCCUGCGAACGAUGAUAUUUUGUUUCUAUUUGAACGGGAAGUCACACAGUUAUCACAAAACGAAAUGAUUGAAAGAUUAGAAAAACGAAAUAUGCCUAUAUAGUCUAAAAAACAUUUAUUGAAGGCUACUCUUGUGAAACUUUUACAAGUAUGUUCAAUCUCAACACCAUCAAUCAUGUGAACCGAUAUUGGUCUUUUACGAUCGCGUCUCUUCGUCGAGGCACAUGUCAGAAUGAUUAUUGCCAUCGAAGCCGAAGACUUUUGUGCAGUGCGAAAAAAGAGGACAAGAAAUCACCUGACACACCGAAUAUUAUUAAAGCCGAAAUUGCCCUGAUAAAAGAGUGCAAGACACCUCCAGAAUGCAAGAUAGCAAAAUCACCGCCAAAGCUCCAGACUAUUCGCGUGUACCGUUGGAAUCCGGAAAAACCAAACGUGAAACCGUACAUGCAGCAAUUCAGUGUGGAUUUAAAUAAAUGCGGCUCAAUGGUGCUGGACGUGUUGGCGUUAAUAAAAGCGGAAUAUGAUCCCACAUUGUCCUUCCGAAGAUCCUGCCGCGAAGGGAUUUGCGGAAAUUGUGGAAUGAAUAUAAACGGUGUUAAUACUUUGGCUUGCAUCACAAAAGUUAAACAUUCAUCAAGACCCUUAGUUGUGUAUCCCUUACCGCAUUCGUACGUGAUUAGAGAUUUAAUAUCGGAUAUGGAUCAGUUUUUAAAACAAUAUCAGGAUAUCGAACCGUUUUUAAAACGACCCGGUGAAGAGAAUUUUGUCGGCUUGCGGCAAAUUCUACAAAGUCAGAAAGAUAGAGAUAAACUGAACGGUCUGUACGAGUGUGUCCUUUGCGGAUGUUGCACUUACGCUUGUCCACCGUAUUGGUGGCUUGGCGAUAAGUUUUUAGGUCCUGCAACCCUCUUACAGGCAUAUAGAUGGAUAAUAGAUUCACGAGACAUAACGCAUAAAGACAGACUUAAUAAGUUACGCGAUUACUACUCGGUUUACCGAUGUCAUACUAUCUUCAAUUGCACAAAAACGUGUCCGAAGGGCUUAAAUCCAGGGAAGGCGAUAGCUCAGAUAAAACGAAUGCUAGCGGGACUCGCUAAAAAAGAAAGACCGGACUUGGAGACACCGCUUCCGAAUCCAUGCCCCGGCGAAGACGACAUAUAUCCUUGUAGAGAAAGAGAUUAGAUAGAUAAAUGAAACAAAUGUUCAAUAAAACAUUAUUCUUGAUAUGCUUUGUAAUUGUAUAUAAACAUAUAAACCGGUUUUUCUUAUGGUA